UAACAGCUGAUAAAUGCAUUCGUUGUUGGAAGCCAAAGUUUGUUUAGCGGCCACAGUCUUUUAUAGCUUGAUUUAUUCAGAAAACGUAUUGUAAUUAUAAGCCUGGCGAUAAAAGGAAAACACCACUGUAUUAUGGAUGCAGACAGUGAUCUCUCCGAGGGUGUUGGCUCAUUGCGUAUGUCACUGCGGGAACGACCACGCAAACAACAGUCUGACCGCCGAUUACGCGAACGAUCCGAAGAUCUCAAGUUCCUGGAGGAUUUCGAUCCUGAAAAAUCAAACCGCGAAAAGCGUAAGCUAAAACGAAAGCUGACUAAUCCUCGUUCCUCAGUUUACGACGAAUAUGGCCAUUUGCGACAUAAUGGUAUGGAUAUAUGCGACUGCUUGGCAGAGAACUGCCCCGGUUGCUGGUAUGAGUGUAAAAACUGUGGAUCAACACGAUGUGGCGUGCAGUGUCGCGUAAAUAGGAAACAAUUUGUUGACGAAAUAACAUUUGAUGGUAAAGAUGUCGUAAUUAAGAAUAAAUUUAUAAACUAAAAAACAAACAGAUUUUAAACGAAUAAAUGCAUGGUUUUUUAUGUAAAUCGCGUAUUGCAGUUGUAAGACUUUUUUACCAUUUUUCAACUGUUUCAAUACGUAGUUUUAAUUGUAAUGUAAUAUGUAAUGUUUAAAUUAAAUGAUUACCCAAA